CCGCUGUGCCUCCCCAUCUAGCCCCACCACGCUCCAUCUGCUCCGCCCGUCCGUCGCCACCGCCGCCGCCCUCGCCAGAUCGCAGCACCGCGGCCCUCAUCGUCACCGGGAACGAAGCAGAACGCCACCGCCACCCUCAACGACCUCGCGGAGAGCUGGGGGAGUUGCAUGAUCUCUCCCCCACCGCCUCGGCGCUAGGCCUCGCCCUUUCCGCUCCGCAUCGCAAUUUUUAUUUAACUCGCUCCAAUCCGGCCCCGGUGGUUAUAAGGUUCGAAUUCCCGCGCCGAUUGGGAGCUUGAGGGGGCCAUGGUCUAGGGUUUGUGGCUGCUGGUGCCGUCGCGUGGCAGGGGGGCGGUGGUGGUAGGGCAGCGACAACCGCAGCCAUGAGCGACGGCGAGCGCCACGACGACGAAAACCCAACCACCAGCGCCGCAGAUGAUGACGAUGAUGAGGAUUAUGAGGAGCCUGGAGGGAAUCACUUCCUGGGGUUUAUGUUUGGCAAUGUAGAUGAUUCUGGUGACUUAGAUGCUGACUAUCUUGAUGAGGAUGCAAAGGAACACCUUUUUGCACUGGCAGACAAGCUUGGCCCAUCCCUCAAAGACAUUGAUCUAAUCAAGUCUUCUCCAGAACCAACUGAUCCUUCUGAACAAGACUAUGAUGAGAAGGCAGAAGAUGCUGUUGACUAUGAAGAUAUUGAUGAAGAAUACGAUGGACCUGAAAUUGAAGCAACUACAGAGGAAGACAAUGUGUUGUCCAAAAAGGAUUACUUCUUGUCAGCAACAGUGUAUGCAUCGGCUAAUAGUACAGUUUCAGUGUUUGAUGAGGAGAACUACGAUGAGGAUGAUGAACCACCCAAUGAUAAUGAGUCUGCUGGUGAUAAUGCUGUGCAAAAUUUCUCUUCAGUUUUAACGGAGCAGCUGGAUGUGGCAACCUCAAGAGAUGACCAUGCCUUAGAAAAGAUUGGCUCGUUAUCACAUCCAGAAGAAAGUAUGGACUUUGAAUAUGAAGUUUUUCAGCAGAAUGAAAUGGGCACUGAAGAAGGUCAACUCAAGCCUGAAAGUGCGUCUUCCCUCCCUGUUUUAUGCAUAGAGGAUGGGAGUGUGAUCCUGAGGUUCUCUGAAAUUUUUGGUAUCCAGGAGCCUAUAAGAAAAGUGAAGACAGAUCACCAUAAACGUCCAGUGAAUAAAGAGCUCCAUGUCACAAAUGUUUCUGACAUUGUUGAAGAAGACGAGGAGUUAUUUCUCCGAAGAACUAUUCAAAAUUUCUCGACUUCGAAGCAUAUCCAUAUGAAUGAAGAUUUUGUUGAGAGUGACAGUGAUGAGUCAAUUUCUGAUGUCACUUUAAGGUUAAAGGACUCUUGUCUUUCUGAACAACCAAUGAAAGAUGCACAUAAGGAUAUUCAUACUGUUCAGCCAUCUCCAGUUUGUCCUGAUUUUUAUCCACUUGAGCAUGAUGAUUGGGAAAAUGAUAUCAUUUGGGAUAAUUCACCGACAACUGAAAGUCAGCCUUGCUUAGAAAGCUGUGUAAUAUCUGAAGAGAGCAUGGACACCCACGGUGAACACCAGGCUAAGGAUUAUGGCCAGGCCUCCGGGUGCUGUGAUGUACAGAGUAAAAUUCAUGGUUCCCCAGUAAUAAAAGAGCCUUUUGGCUGUACAGAAAUGCCUGCUCCGGCUAACUACCAUUCCCCUGAGAAUAGUUACCCUCCAUUGACAAAGGAGGAUAACUUAGACCACACAGAACCAAAUAACUUAGAUGAAACAGUUAAAAUUGAUAGCAUCCGGUGUUUAAACAAUCUGUGUUUGCUGAAUAGGGAAUUAUCAGAAGGGUCAUGGUUGGAUAACAUAAUUUGGGAUCCCAGUGUGGAUGCUCCAAAGCCUAAACUGAUCCUUGACCUCAAAGACAACCUGAUGCUUUUUGAGAUUCUAGAUGAAAAGAAUGUGGAUCACCUCCGUUCUCAUGCUCGUGCCAUGAUUUUUAGUCAGUCAAUGAAGACUUCAACAUCAACAGUGGAGAAUUUUGGCAAUCAAGCAAAGACAUCGAGUGGAAGAUUCAACAUCUCCAAUGAUAAGUUUUAUUCUAACCGGAAGAUGUCGCAGCAAGCUAAAUCUCAUACUAAAAAACGUGCUUUAAUGGGCAUAAAGGUGGUGCAUUCUGCUCCAGCUCAUAAGCUGCAAACCAUGAAACCAAUAUUGAGCAAUAAGGAAAUCGCAAACUUUCAUAGACCAAAAGCUAAGUGGUAUCCACAUGAAAAUAAAAUUGCUGCUCAAUUGCAAGGAGCUGCUUGUAGCCAUGGGCGAAUGACUGCUAUACUUAUGACUUUGGGAGGAAAAGGAGUCAAGCUUUUGGUCAAUGCAGAGGAAACUCCAGUCUCUGUCAAAUCAAAAGCUUCGAAGAAGUUAGAAUUCAAGCUUUCUGAGAAGAUCAAAUUGUUCUGUUCUGGAAAAGAGCUUCAGGAUGACAUCUCGUUAUCUAUGCAAAAUGUGCGACCGUACUCUAUUCUGCAUGUUGUUCGCACUGAAGUACAUCUAUGGACAAAAGCACAGAAGUUACCUGGUGAGGACAAGCCUCUACGUCCUCCUGGGGCAUUCAGGAAAAAAGCUGACUUGUCCGUUAAGGAUGGACAUGUAUUUUUAAUGGAAUAUUGUGAAGAGAGACCUUUGUUACUUUCAAAUGCAGGAAUGGGAGCUCGACUCUGUACAUAUUACCAGAAAAUUUCACCUGCUGAUCAGGCAGCUACAUCCCUGCAAAACAAUAGUCAUGGACUGGGUACAGUGCUUGCGAUUGAUCCUGCUGAUAAAUCUCCUUUUCUGGGAGGCAUAUGUUCCGGGUCCCAUCAAUCUUGUAUUGAAACAAACAUGUACAGGUCGCCUAUGUUUCCACAUAAGGUUGCACCAACCGAUUAUCUUUUAGUUCGUUCGGCCAAAGGGAUGCUUUCCCUUCGUCGCAUCGACAAGCUAUAUGCUGUUGGUCAACAAGAACCUCAUAUGGAAGUAUUUUCACCAGGAACAAAAAAUGUGCAGAAUUAUCUUCUGAAUCGAGUGCUUGCAUAUGCUUAUCGUGAGUUUCGUGCUAGGGAGAGGCCUGAUGUUAUUCCUCAGAUUCGAGCUGAUGAGUUACCCAUUCAAAGUCCUCUGACAGAAGCUAUUGUGAAAAAACGAUUGAAGCAUUGCGCAGAUUUGAGGAAAGGAUCAAAUGGACAUAUAUUUUGGACGCAGAGACCUGAUUUCCAGGUUCCAUCAGAGGAAGAACUAAGAAGAUUAUUGAUGCCAGAAAGUGUCUGCUGUUAUGAGAGUAUGCAAGCUGGUCUGCACCGUCUCAAGCGCUUAGGAAUUGUGAAGCUUACUCAGCCAGUUGGACUGGCUUCUGCAAUGAAUCAGCUUCCUGAUGAAGCUAUUGAGCUUGCUGCUGCAUCACAUAUUGAGAGGGAAUUGCAAAUCACUAGCUGGAAUCUAACCAGCAAUUUUGUUGCUUGUACUAGUCAGGACAGAGAAAAUAUAGAAAGAUUAGAAAUUACUGGUGUUGGUGAUCCAUCUGGUCGUGGGCUAGGAUUCAGCUAUGUGCGAGUAGCACCAAAAGCACCUGCCUCCAAUUCAUCGCAUAAGAAAAAGUCAGCUGCUGCAAAGGGUACCACUGUAACUGGAACUGAUGCUGAUCUCCGUAGGUUGAGCAUGGAUGCAGCCCGAGAGUUGCUUCUGAAAUUCGGCGUUCCAGAAGAGCAAAUUGAUAAAUUAACAAGGUGGCAUAGGAUUGCUAUGGUGAGGAAGCUGUCAAGUGAGCAAGCCGCAUCGGGAAUUACUAUUGAUGAAAUUCCUGUUAGUAAGUUUGCACGUGGACAAAGGAUGUCUUUUCUGCAACUUCAGCAGCAAACUAGGGAGAAAUGUCAGGAAAUUUGGGACAGACAAUUUCAGUCACUUUCAGCUAUAGAUGGUGGUGAUAAUGGCAGUGACACCGAAGCUAACAGUGAUCUGGACUCGUUUGCUGGGGAUCUUGAGAACUUGCUAGAUGCAGAAGAAUUUGACGAUGAAGAUACUAGUAAAGCAGACCUGAGAAGUGAUAAAUCAGAUGGAAUGAGAGGACUUAAAAUGAGAAGGUGCCCUACUCAUGCUCAAAUUUAUGAGGAAAUUGAAGAUGAUGAAGCAGAAGCUUCUCUGGCAAAAAAACUGCUUGAAGAGGAUGGUAAUGACAUGAAGAAAAAAAAGCAGCCUGUGGAAUUGACAAAUUUUGGAACCUCUCUAUAUAAUCAAGGUGCCACUAAAAUGAAGCAGAGUAAGACUGGGCAAAUGAUUAAAUCAUCUGGUUAUGUUGGUGCAUUGACCCCAAAGGAGAGCACGCCGAGAGAAGCAAAAGAGGCUGAAAAUUCUUUUGCUGAAGGUAGUUUGUCCACAAAACUAAAAACGAAGAUGACAUUUGAUAGAAAUGGCAUCGUUCUAGAUAAGAAGAGAAGUGCUCUAGGAAAGUAUGGACUUAAGGAAAAGAGACAGGGUGGAAGGGGGGAUACUCUUGUCUGUGGAGCCUGUGGUCAGCUUGGGCAUAUGCGGACUAACAAACUCUGCCCUAAGUAUGGGGAGGAUCCAGAAAUGUCACAAAUGGAUGUAAAUUCAGUUAAGUCGAAUCCUCCGGAUAUAGUGAGCCACGUGCAAACAAAGACACCGUGCAAGAGGGUGAUAACCAAGGUGUCUUCUGAAGUUACUGAAACUAAAGGACCAGAAGGUAUUGAAAAGAUAAAAUCUGUCCCGGUAAAAUUCAAAUUAGGGCCGCCUGAAAUAUCCUUGGAAAGAAACAUGUCACUGUCUGGUUCGCUGGUUUCUGCUAAACGCAUCAUGGAUGUUACAGACUUUAGAUCUGCUGGAAAGGCCAAUAAGAUAAUAAUACCUAAUAAGAAGAAGUCUGAUGAUUAUCCUCCUGACACUCCAAAGCCAUCUGUUGUAUUUCGACCUCCUGCUGAAGAGAAGGAUAUACCUCGCAAGAAGAUCACCAUCAAGCAGCCUAAGGGAGUAGACCAACAAAGACAUGUUGAACCUAGGAGUGGUCAGGAGCCCACCAGAAAGACAAGAAAAAUUGUUGAGUUGUCAAGUUUUGAGAACCAUAGAGAGGAUGAUCGUUGGUUUGGUGCAGAACCCAGCCAAAUGAAUUCCUCGCAUGAAAGGAGGUUGGUUCUAGAGGGAAAAAGAAGGAGCAAAGCCAUAAUGGAAAAUGAUAAAUCAUGGAGGGAUUUUGAAGAUCAAAGAGAAAUGCAGCAACAGAGGCUGAUUGAUGCUAGGAUAUAUGCAUCGAGGGAGGAAGAUCAUCAGAAGGCAAAAAAGAAAAACAAGAAAAAGAAAAAACAUGAGUUCCGAGAUGAUGACCUACUUGAUCAUAGGCCAUAUAAAAAUGACAGAAGGGUACCUGAAAGACAUCGAGUGGUAAAGCGAUCUACUCCGGCUGAUGUGAUUGAAUAUGCACCAUCCGCGAAGCGUCGCAGAGGAGGAGAGGUUGAGCUCUCUAACAUACUGGAAAAGAUAGUUGACCACAUUCGAGGAAACACUGCUGUAUCAUACCUAUUUCUUAAACCAGUGCCGAAGAAAGAAGCUCCUGAUUACCUUGACUUUAUAGAGCGCCCAAUGGAUCUUGGUACCAUUAGAGAAAAGGUGAGGAAGAUGGAGUACAAAAACCGGGAGGAAUUCAGGAAUGACGUAGCGCAGAUACAACUGAAUGCACACAUUUACAAUGACAAUCGCCAUCCUGCCAUCCCUCCACUUGCUGACAGGCUCAAGGAGAUGUGUGAUUAUCUUCUUGACGAAAGUGCAGAUCUGCUAGAUGAGGCAGAACAUGCGAUUGAGGACUAAUACUAAUAACCAGAUAUAGCAUUUAGAUCUUGCUAUAUCCUAACAUAGAUGUAUUUGCUGAUCUGUAGGAGGGGAAAGGGUAGCUGUACAUCUUUUUGGUCCUGGCUGUAAUGUACAUGGCAUCCCAAAAUCCAACUAUUUUGCCUUUUGUUGGUAUUGGGAGUUAGGAAUCCUGAAUGUACACAAGAUCUAGGGUAGUUAUCGAGGGGUUCGCUGUAAAAAUGUAGAAUGUAGUUUGUCCAUAUCCAUGGCUUAUUUCUUAAUAUUCUGAUGCUCUUGCAAUAUCUGAUAUUAAUGGCCUUGAACAUUGGCAUCAAUCAUUUAAGAUGCACAAGGUCAAAGCAUGUGCCUGGGAACACCCAGUCUAUCCUCUCA